AUGCAGUUCACGAAGCUUGCACUUUACUUGGGGGUCGCGCUCGCGGUGUCCGCACCUGCUGUCUUGGCGGCUCCUUCCGAGGUCAAGCUGUGUGGAAGUCACGAGACUGCACCCGCCACUGUCGAGGAGGUCUUGGGGAACAAAAUUGCAGCUGCACGCGCUGCACGCACUUCCAACUCGCUUUCCAAGUCGGCUUCGGCUGCUGCCAUCUCGGCUAGGAUUCCGGUUUACUACCACUUGAUCACGGAUGGUUCUAGCAACGGAAAGAUUUCGUCGAGCGCCAUCGCCAACCAGAUCUCGAUCCUCAACGACAACUAUGCCAGCACUGGACUCACCUACUACCUUGCCAGCACUGAUACCACGGUCAACUCGGACUGGUUUAACAAUGUCAACCAGGGCACCUCGCAGGAACGCGCCAUGAAGUCGGCUCUUCGCAAAGGUGGAGCCAACGCUCUCAACGUCUACACGGUCAGCUUUGGCUCGUCUGGUCUGCUGGGAUACGCAACUUUUCCCUGGAACUACCGAUCCAAUCCGACCAACGAUGGUAUCGUUCUUGACUGGAACACGUACCCUGGAGGACCGAUUACCAACUAUCAGGCUGGAAAGACCUUAGUUCAUGAGGUUGGCCACUGGGCAGGUCUCUACCACGUCUUCCAAGGUGGUUGCUCUGGCAGUGGUGACUAUGUCGACGAUACUCCUCCUCAGUCCACCGUGACGCGAGGCUGCCCAACGAGCCAAGACUCUUGUGCGGGAGGUGGCGUGGACAGCAUUCACUCCCACAUGGAUUACUCUUACGAGUCUUGCCGCUACUUGUUUACCGAUGGGCAAAUCGCUCGAAUCGGUGCAGCCAUGGACACCUACCGUAUCUGA